GGAUAGACCUCAGCCUAUCCACCUGCAGAAAUCCGCUUCCUUCCACUCCAGACUUGAGCGUCGCUGCGCGCGGGUUGAAUCUCCGCUCCGACGAUUGUGUCCAAGCGAAAACUCGUCCCUUUUUUUUUUGUUGUUGUUGUUGUUCACCUUUUCAAGGGUAGAAAUAAAAACCCCACGGAAUCUUCUGUUGCAAUAAAGUGCUCACUUCAAGUUUAAGGGGCUCCGUGAAGGUAAUUUAAAUCCAAGCUUUGUUUGGCUCUGGGAUAAUCGUGCAGGAUCUGCGAUUGAUACGCCUGCGGACGGAGCAACCUGAGUGGAUGGUUUUAAAUGGUGACCAGCCGUAGUGCAAAAUCUAGGAGCAUCUAGAAGCUACGGGACGUCUCCUCUGUUAACAAAUAGAGGGACAAUGUUGUGGGACAAACUGUCCUGGCUGCUGGCCCUCCUGGCCGUGUCGGCGGGCGGGCUGCCACCUUCCAAUGAUCCUCUGUCUGCUCCCAGAAUCUUCCUGUCCUUUAAAGAGUUGAAGUCCACUGGUACUGCUCAUCACUUCUCCUUCCUGCUCAACUCAACCGACUAUCGGAUACUGCGCAUGGACGAGGACCACGAUCGCAUGUAUGUGGGAAGCAAAGAUUACAUUCUUUCUCUGGAUCUGCACGACAUCAACAAGGAGCCGCUCAUUAUCCACUGGCCCGUUGCGUCCCAGAGGAAGACUGAGUGCAUCUUGUCGGGGAAAGACACAAAUGGGGAAUGUGGGAACUUCAUCCGUCUGAUCGAGCCGUGGAACCGGACCCACCUGUAUGUGUGUGGAACAGGAGCAUAUAAUCCCAUCUGCACGUACGUGGAUCGAGGACGUCGAUCCCAGGGUUUCAGCAACCUACAGGCACUUCAGUCAGGAGGGAGAACGAGUCGAGCAGCAGACUACAGCUCAACAUCUGAGCCUUUGAGCAAUAAGGAAUACAUUUUCCGUCUGGAACCUGGCAAAGUGGACUCUGGAAAAGGAAAAUGUCCCUAUGAUCCUAAACUUAACAGCGUUUCUGCCCUGAUCCAUGGAGAGCUCUAUGCUGGAGUCUACGUGGACUUCAUGGGAACAGACUCCGCCAUCUUCCGUACUCUGGGGAAGCAGACAGCCAUGAGGACCGAUCAGUACAACUCCAGAUGGUUAAAUGAUCCGACUUUUGUCCAUGCUCACCUGAUCCCAGACAGCGCUGAAAAGAAUGAUGAUAAGCUCUACUUCUUCUUCCGUGAGAAAGCCUCUGAGGUGGGCCAGAGUCCCAUGACGCAGUCCAGGAUAGGUCGGAUCUGCUUGAACGAUGACGGUGGACAUUGCUGCCUGGUCAACAAAUGGAGCACCUUUCUGAAGGCUCGUCUCAUCUGCUCUGUGCCUGGAGUCGACGGCAUUGAGACGCACUUUGAUGAACUCAGGGACGUGUAUAUCCAACCAACCCAAGACACGAGGAACCCAGUCAUCUUUGGAGUCUUCUCAGUUUCAGGGUCUGUGUUCAAAGGCUCGGCGGUGUGCGUCUACUCCAUGGCCGACAUCCGUAUGGUCUUCAACGGGCCGUUUGCCCACAAAGAAGGGCCCAACUACCAGUGGGUGGCGUACACUGGGAAAAUUCCCUACCCUCGACCUGGCACUUGUCCUGGAGGUACUUUCACUCCCAACAUGAAAUCCACAAAGGAUUACCCAGACGAGGUUAUCAACUUCAUGAGAAACCACCCCACCAUGUACAACGCCAUUUACCCGGUGCACAAGCGCCCCCUGGUGGUCAGAACCAACGUGGACUACGAGUUCACCACAAUUGCUGUCGACCAAGUGAGAGCGGCUGAUGGGAGCUAUGAGGUGCUCUUCCUGGGAACAGAUCGUGGGACGGUGCAGAAAGUCAUCGUGUUGCCAAGAGAUGACUUACAAACAGAGGAGCUGGUUCUGGAGGAGGUGGAGGUGUUCAAGGUUCCCACCCCAAUCACCACCAUGAAGAUUUCAUCUAAACGGCAACAACUAUAUGUGGGGUCUGUCCUGGGUGUGACCCACCUGGCUCUGCACCGCUGCGACGUGUACGGCGAGGCCUGCGCUGACUGCUGCCUGGCCCGGGACCCGUACUGCGCCUGGGACGGCAAGUCCUGCUCCAGAUACUCUGCCUCGCAGAAAAGACGAAGCCGUCGACAGGACGUAAAGUAUGGAAACCCGAUCCGCCAGUGCAGAGGUUACAACUCGAAUGCAAAUAAGAAUACGCUGGAGACGGUUCAGUACGGAGUGGAGGGAAGCACAACAUUCUUGGAGUGCCAGGCUCGUUCUCCUCACGUCUCUCUGAAGUGGCACCUGCAGAAGGAAAACAGCGACAGGAGAAAAGAGAUUCGCUCAGAGGGUCGCAUCCUGAAAACCGAUCAGGGCCUCCUGAUCCGCUCGCUGCAGUCCUCCGACGGCGGCAUCUACCACUGCACGUCCACUGAGAAGAACUUCAAGCACACCCUGGUGAAGCUGCAGCUAGUCGUCCUCUCCAGUCGCACGGUCAACAACGUCCUUGUGGAUACGGGCAACCCAGCCCUCCCCCAAAUUCAGUCCAGCGCAUGGACCCCGAGCGUUGGGCAGUACAAGGACCUGCUGACCAUCCUCAGCCAGCCGGAGAUGGGGCUGAUCAACCAGUACUGCAAGGACUACUGGCAGCACGGGGACGACGGCCUCGGGGACGGCAAAGCUAAAAGCCUGAAGGAGCUGAAGGAGCAGAAGAAGCCUCGCAACCGCCGGCAUCACGACGACCAGACGAAUCCAGCUGAGACAUGAAGAGUUUGGGUUUUCAGCCUGUCGUGUUCAAACAGCACCAUUUGUCUACCUUCUAGUUUCUCCUCACAACCCUCCAUUUAAGGGAAAUGACUCCAUUUAACAGACCCUGCAACAGAAAGCAUCAUUUGUAUGUGACUGUUGGAAGAACAAACACAAUAUUUAUUGUAGGUUGUACAAAGUAAUUCUUUAUACCUAUCUAGAAAACAUGUUUUUUGUGAAUAGAUCUGUGCAAAUAUUGUUAUAUUAUUAUUAUUGUUAUUAUAAUUAUUAGUGUUAUUGUUUAUGACAUUGUGUUAUUAUGUUGGGAAUAUCUUUGUUUGGUGUUUUUCUUUUUUCUUUUCUUUUUUUUUAAAUAGCAACUAUUACUCUGGACUUUAACGGUGUCCAGACGAGGACUGGAAUGGAUAAGCUUCCCAUUUCUCUGCAAUUAUGUCUGAACAAUUGACUGCUGGCAGUAUCUAAAUCCAGAAUUACACCAGAAAAGCCUGGCAUUUGUUAGGUAAUCUCACCUGGACAGUCAUUGCAAAGGUGGACACUAUUGUACUGUAAAUAAAACGCCAUUGACGAUGGUAGGAAUGCCGACAAGCUGCAGCUGCAACAGCACAUCACAAACUCCCAAGAACGUGAAUUUUAAGCUCUUUCACAGAAGGUCGACGGACCUAAGGUGACAAUUUCAAACUGCACCGUUCAUAUUCUUCCAUGAUUAGUUGCUGCCAAGUGUUUUUUGUUUGUAUGUAAGCAUCACAUCUCAGUGUUGUGUUCUCGGCAUCUUGUUAUAAGCUGUUUAUCUUUGGAGGAAGGGUUCUUUUAACGAAACAGAAGUGGAAAACAGAACAUUGCCUUCUCUUCUCUCUCUGUGGAGAUGAGUUAUUCUAGCAGGCAGCUAAAUGUGAGUCUGUGAUUAAAAAAAUAUAUAUCUAUAUAUAUAUUAGAGAAAGCACCUUUUGUUGCCAGAUUGGUGAUUUUUUUUUUAAAUAAAUCUUAGAAAAAGUUUGUUUCUAAACGUAUUAAACACCCUAUAAACUACAAUGCUGUGGAAAAAGUAUUUGCUCACUUUGUGAUAUUUUGUCACUUAGAGAUUUCUGAUCGUCAAUCAGUUUUCAAUAUCAGUUACAAAUCUGCCGAGUAAAUACAGCAUGCACUUUUCAUUUAUGGAUUACUUUAGAUAAAGUGAAGGAAAAAUCUAUCUAAACUCACCUGGCCUUUGGUGAAUAUAAUCAGUCUUUCACAUCUGUGUGGAGAAGAUUCAGACAUUUUUUGUUUGAAUUCAGCCACAUUGUCACAUCAUCUUUAUCAGAUUUAUGUCCAGAUUUGACAAAUAAACUUCCUAAUUUUUGAGUCUUUGAGAGAUGAAGUUGUUGGUGUCUAUUGGACCAUUGUUCAGUUGUACGACUCGAGUGCUUGAGCUCAAGUUUUUAAAGGUUUUCUCCUAGUGAGUAAAACUUUUUAUUUCAUCAAUUAUAGAAAAGUUCUUGAUUAGCAACACACUGAAGUGAAGCUCAUGGUGCUUGUUUUGGUACCUCCUGGAUGACUGAUUGAUUAGGUCAGCCUCUCAUCCAUGUUUUCCCCAUGUAUGGAUAGUGGCUUUGUAUUUGGUUCAUUGGAGUCCAAAAGACUUCAGAAUGGCUUUAUAACUCUUUCCAAACUGAUAGGAAACAAAGUUAUUGACAUUUGUUUGUCCUUGAAUAUCUUUAGCUCAGGGCUGGAUGUUUUUUUUUUUUUGUUUUGUUUUGUUUUAUGUUCUGGGCUACUUCAAAACAUUUAAACAUGUUUUUUUUUUUUUUUUUUGUAAUUUUUUGGCCCUGCAUAACUUUCAGUAAUCACAACCUGGAUAUUGCACUCACCUCUCCAAAAUAUGUUGAUUACACUUUAUUAAAGGGCAUAGAGCAAUGUUAUUAUUUUGUUGUUUUGAAUAGUUUUUUCUCUUUAUCAAAUUAAAUAUCCAUAAAUCCACUGUCUAUUCUCGCUUGUUGUUGCAAUAUCCCCAUCAGUCAUAGGGCAAAAGGCAAGGUUCACCCUGGACUGGUCAUCAUUACACCAUUACAGAGCAACACACAGGACUAACGACAUUUAUGCCUAAAAGCAAUUUAGAGAAACCUGUUUACCCAAGAGUCAUGUUUUUGGACUUUAAGAGUACCUGGAGAGAACCUCCACUCGCAUAGGGAGAACAGAAAGACUCCAGGCCAGGACCUAAACACAGUACCUUCUUGCUCCAAGGCAACAGCGCUACCAACCUCAACAAAACUGCUUAAUGAUCAGAAAAAUGUAAUACUUUUUCACAGCACUGUCGUUUUUGUUUUCUUUUCCAUUCCUUCCAUUUUUAUGUAAAUAUUGGUGAAAUUAAUGUAAUCAGUCUAUACAAGUGUGCAGAUUUAUAUUGCUAUGAUGACUGGUGCUGUACUUUAUGUAUCAUCUGGUUACCAGAGAGCUCCUGCCGCUCUAUUUGUCCUGGUACAGAGCCAUCCUUUAUUACUGGUGCCACAGACGUCACACCAACUAUGGAAACGAACACCUUUACACAGUAAACAUCAUGAUAACUUGCCAAACCUGAAGAAAAAAAUCAUACCACAGUCUUGAGACAGUGAAUUUUAAAUGUGCAUGGCAUGUACAGUGUAUGUAUGUAGUGUUUUGUCUAAACUGUUGCUGUGGAUGUCUUUUUAUUGUUGUGGGAGUUCGGAUCCUUUUUGUUUUGGGAAAUGCUGAAAGAUCAGAAAGGCUGAUUUCAUAUUUGAGUUCUCCUUGUCAGAUAUAAGAAGUAGAAGAAGAAAACAGGUUUUCAUAUAUUUCUACUGUGGGAAUCUGUUUUCUCUGUAUGACAGCUCUGUGAGGUAAUGUAUAAUAAGCACACUUUGUGGUAAUGUAAUGACUUGUAAAAACUACUAUCUUUUCUUCCUCAUCAAUGUUGCUAACUAAUAAAUUAAAGCUCUAUAUUUUAUAAU